AUGGCCCUCGACAAUCUCAUCUUCGCCCAGUGCAUCCUCUAUUUCCUAGCCUUCGUGUUCGGCUUCAUCGCCGUGGUGCCUCUGUCGGAGAACACGGAGGACUUCGGCGGGAGGUGCCUGCUGUUCACGCGGGGGAUGUGGCAGAACGAGAACAUCACGGUGUCCAAGCAGCGCUUCAUCGUGGAGGAGUGGGGACCCGAGUCCUCCUGCAGCUUCAUCACCUUCGUCGGGAUCGCGUCCCUCAUCCUGUCCGCGGUGCAGGCGUGGAGGCUGCUCUUCUUCCUGUGCAAAGGACACGACGACUCCCUCUUCAACGCCUUCCUCAACCUGCUGAUCAGCUCCCUGGUGGUGUUCACAGUCUUCCUGUCCAGCACCAUCGUCAGCGUGGGCUUCAACCUGUGGUGCGACUCCAUCACUGAGGGGGGGACCAUGCCCAGCAGCUGCGAGGACCUGCAGGACACGGAUCUAGAACUUGGCCUGAACAACUCUGCUUUUUAUGACCAGUUUGCUAUAGCUCAGUUUGGCCUGUGGGCUGCCUGGCUCACCUGGCUGGCCAUCGCAGUGAUGGCGUUCCUCAAGGUUUAUCACAACUACAGACAAGAGGACCUGCUGGACAGCCUGAUCCACGAGAAGGACUUGCUGCUCGGCCGCUCCGCGCGCCACAGCUCCGUCCUCAAGACCGGCAUGAUCUAG